GACUCUAGGGUAUAAGGAAAAUGAUUAACAGGAACAUAAUAUUGUUGGAACGAGAAUGCGUCUGGCUACUACCACUGAGUAUCCAAAAUCUCAUGUUGCUGGGGGACUGUGGACCAGGAUAAGCUCUGAUGACUAAAAUUGUUGGUUCUUCUUUUCUCUAAGAUACUUCACAGAUCAGAAGGUCAAGGAACCCCAGAAAUUCCUUGUCUUCUGUUGCACUCAAUUUAUUAUACAAUUUUAUUUGCUAAUAUUUGGGUAAGUUUUGAUUUCCAGAUAAUAACCACAACAAUUUUAGAUGUUUAUGUUUUUACCUUUUCAGAUUUCAAGUUGGAGAUUUUUCAGGUCACAAUAUGAACAUGCUGCUGAUUUUGUUGCUCAUGAUAACUUGUCUCCACGAUUCUGUGAACCAGGAUUCUGGCCCCGAGUAUGCAGAUGUCGUGUUUCUGGUGGACAGCUCGGAUCACAUGGGAGCUAAGUCCUUCCCGUUUGUGAAAGCAUUCAUCCACAGAGUGAUCAACAGUCUCCCCAUAGAGGCCAACAAAUACCGCUUGGCCCUGGCCCAGUACAGCGAUGAGCUCCUCGAUGAAUUCCAACUGAGCACCUUCAAGGGCAAGAACCCCAUGCUGACCCACCUCAAGAAGAACUUUGAGUUCCUUGGUGGGUCCCUGCGGAUAGGAAAUGCUCUCCAGGAGGCCCACAGGACCUAUUUCUCUGCACCCACAAACGGGAGAGACAAGAAACUGUUUCCCCCCAUUUUGGUGGUCCUGGCUUCAGCAGAGUCUGAGGAUGACGUGGAAGAGGCUGCUAGGGCCCUGCGGAAUGACGGGGUGAGAAUUGUCUCUGUGGGGCUGCAGGGAGCUUCGGAGGAAAACCUGAAGGCCAUGGCCACUUCUCAGUUUCAUUUCCACCUGAGGACAGCCAGAGACCUCAGCACGUUUUCCCAAAACAUGACGCAGAUCAUCAGGGAUGUGACUCAGUACAAGGAAGGAGUAGCCGAUGAUGUCCUUGUAGAAGUUUGCCAAGGCCAUUCUGUGGCCGAUGUCGUGUUCCUGUUGGAUGUGUCGAUCAAUGGCAGCCUGGACGACUUUGACUAUCUUAAAGACUUCCUGGAAGAGAGUGUCUCUGCUCUUGACAUAAAGGAACAUUGCAUGCGGGUUGCCCUUGUGGCCUAUAGCAAUGAGACGACGGUGAUAAACUCACUGAGUGCAGGUGUGAAUAAGUCAGAGGUUCUCCAGCAUAUACAGAACCUCUCGCCCCAGACCGGGAAGGCCUACACUGGAGCUGCCAUCAGGAAGAUCAAGAAGGAAGUCUUCAGGGCACAGAAAGGCAGUCGGAAGAAUCAAGGGGUGCCUCAGAUCGCAGUGCUGGUGACACAUAGACCGUCAGAAGACAAUGUGACCAAGGCAGCUGUGAACCUCCGGCGCGAGGGCGUGACCAUCUUCACCAUGGGCAUAGAGGGGGCUAGUGAUGCCCAGUUGGAGAAGAUAGCCUCUCACCCUGCUGAACAGUACAUCUCCAAACUGAAAACCUUCUCGGACCUUGCCGCCCACAACCAGACGUUUCUGAAGAAGCUGCGGAAUCAAAUAACGCACACAGUCUCUGUCUUCUCAGAACGGACAGAAAACCUCAAAUCUGGUUGCGUGGACACAGAAGAAGCUGACAUCUAUCUGCUCAUUGAUGGGUCAGGGAGCACCCAAGCCACUGACUUCCAAGAAAUGAAGACCUUCCUGUCGGGGAUUGUAGGGAUGUUCAACAUCGCACCCCAUAAGGUGCGGGUCGGGGCUGUCCAGUACGCUGACACCUGUGACUUGGAAUUUGUGAUUGGUAAAUACUCAAACAAGCACGAUCUGGAAAAGGCCAUUGAAAACAUUAGGCAGAUAGGUGGGAAUACAAACACAGGUGCAGCCCUGAAUUUUACUCUGCAGCAGUUACAAAAAUCAAAGCAGCAGCGAGGAAACCGAGUGCCAUAUCACCUUAUUGUCCUGACAAGUGGCGUGUCCAAGGAUAGCGUCUUGGAGCCCGCGAACAGACUGAGAGAAGCGCUCAUCAACGUUUAUGCUAUAGGGGUCAGGGAGGCCAACGAAACACAGCUGCGGGAAAUCGCGGGUGAGGACAGGAGAGUGUACUACGUGCAUGACUUUGACUCUUUGAAAGACAUAAGAAACCAAGUUGUUCAAGAAAUCUGUGCUAAAGAAGCCUGCAAAGAGAUGAAAGCUGACAUCAUGUUUCUGGUGGACAGUUCAGGCAGUAUAGGACCUGAAAACUUCAGCAAAAUGAAAACAUUUAUGAAGAACCUGGUGAGCAAGUCUCAGAUUGGGGCAGAUUGGGUGCAAAUUGGUGUCGUCCAGUUCAGCGAUAUCAAUAAGGAGGAGUUUCCACUCAACAGAUUCACGUCCCAAAGUGAAAUUUCACAUGCAAUAGACCGCAUGACUCACAUCGGACAAACCACUUUGACUGGAAGUGCCCUGACCUUUGUAUCUCAGUACUUCCAUCCUGCCAAAGGGGCCCGGUCCAACAUCAGGAAAUUCCUCAUCCUCAUCACGGAUGGCGAAGCUCAUGACAUAGUGAAGGAACCAGCAGUAGCACUUCGGCAAGAAGGCAUCAUUAUCUACUCUGUGGGGGUGUUUGGCUCCAAUGUUACCCAGCUGGAGGAGAUCAGCGGGAGGCCGGAGAUGGUUUUUUACGUUGAGAAUUUUGACAUCCUGCAGCACAUUGAAAAUGAUCUUGUUUUUGGAAUUUGCAGCCCCCGUGAAGAAUGCAAGCGGAUUGAAGUUUUAGAUGUUGUAUUUGUGAUUGAUAGCUCUGGCAGCAUUGACCACGAUGAGUAUAAUAUCAUGAAGGACUUUAUGAUUGGCUUGGUGAAAAAAGCCGAUGUUGGCAAGAAUCAGGUCCGGUUUGGUGCUCUGAAGUAUGCUGAUGACCCAGAGGUGCUGUUUUAUCUUGGUGACCUGGGCACAAAAUGGGAGGUGAUUUCACGGCUCCAGGGUGACCAGCCCAUGGGGGGCAGCACUUAUACCGCCGAAGCACUAGGCUUCUCAGACCACAUGUUCACCGAAGUCCGGGGCAGCCGCCUACAAAAGGGGGUCCCCCAGGUCCUCAUUGUGAUCACCGAUGGGGAAUCCCAUGAUGCGGAUAAACUCAACACCACAGCAAGGGCAUUGCGGGACAAGGGCAUUCUAGUCCUAGCUGUGGGGAUUGCUGGCGCCAAUCAAGUGGAGCUGUUAGCUAUGGCAGGGUCAAGUGACAAGUACUUCUUCGUGGAGACUUUUGGAGGCCUGAAGGGGAUAUUUUCAGACGUGUCAGCCAGCGUCUGUAACUCUUCAAAAGUAGAUUGUGGACUUGAAAAAGUGGAUCUUGUCUUCCUCAUGGAUGGUUCUAAUAGCAUUCAUCCAGAUGACUUCAAGAAGAUGAAGGAAUUUUUGGCCUCUGUUGUUCAAGACUUGGAUGUCAGCCACAACAGAGUGCGUAUUGGAGCAGCCCAGUUUAGUGAUGCCUAUCGGCCAGAGUUCCCACUGGGGCGUUUCACAGGUGAAAAGGAGAUUUCACUUCAGAUUGAAAACAUCAACCAGAUCUUCGGGUACACUCACAUCGGCGCUGCCCUCCGCCAGGUGGGGUAUUACUUCCACUCCGACAUGGGCAGUAGAAUCAAUGCAGGUACCCCACAGGUGCUGCUGCUCCUCACAGAUGGGCGGUCCCAAGAUGAGGUGGCUCAGGCAGCUGAAGACCUGAGACACAGAGGGAUCGACAUCUACUCUGUGGGCAUUGGGGACGUGGAUGACCAGGAGCUCAUUCAGAUCACUGGGACCGCAGACAAAAAAAUGACAGUGGAAAACUUUGACGAGCUAAAAAAGGUCAAAAAAAGGAUCGUUCGCCACGUCUGUACCUCAGGGGGUGAGAGCAAUUGUUUUGUGGACAUUGUGGUGGGAUUCGAUAUCUCAACUCAGCAGAAAGGGCAGAGUUUACUUGAAGAUCAGUCUUGGAUGGGAACCUACCUUCAAGACAUCUUACAUGCUGUCAGCUCCCUCAAUGGGGUAAGCUGUGAGGUCGGGACAGAGACUCAGGUUAGUAUAGCUUUUCAAGUGACAAAUGCCAUGAAAAAAUACUCCCCCAAGUUUGAGAUCUACAGUGAAAAUAUCCUGAACAGCUUGAAGGAUGUAACAGUUAAAGAGCCGUCUCUUCUCAACGCAAACCUCUUGAGCUCACUAUGGGAUGCAUUUCAGAAUAAAUCAGCUGCUCGAGGAAAGGUGGUUCUUUUAUUUUCAGAUGGAUUGGAUGAUGAUGUUGAAAAACUUGAACAAAAAUCUGAUGAACUUAGAAAACAAGGCCUGAAUGCACUCAUAACUGUUGCCCUGGACGGAGCUGCUCAUUCAAGUGACCUGGACAAUCUUCUCUCCAUUGAGUUUGGGAAAGGAUUUGAGUACAGAACACAGCUGAUUAUUGGAAUGAGAGAUCUCAGGAGCCGACUGUCAAAGCAGCUGGUCAAUGUUGCUGAAAGAACGUGCUGCUGUUUGUUCUGCAAGUGCUCUGGGGGAGAUGGCACAAUAGGAGUUCCUGGACCAUCAGGAAAAAAGGGACUUCCAGGCUUUAAAGGCAGUGAAGGCUACCUAGGAGAUGAGGGUAUUACUGGAGAAAGAGGAGUCCCUGGACCAGUGGGAGAGCAAGGUAUUAAAGGAUGCGAUGGUACCAAAGGUCCUAAGGGAGCCAGGGGCUUCACUGGACAGGAGGGAGAAGCUGGGGAAAGUGGAAUUGAUGGAUUAAAUGGAGAACAGGGUGACAAUGGUCUUCCUGGAAGAAAAGGAGAAAAGGGUGAUGAAGGAUCCCAGGGCAACCCAGGGAAGAGAGGGAUUUCUGGUGACCAUGGACCAAAGGGCCUGCGAGGGGAUCCUGGAGUUCCUGGAUCUGACAAUAGCAUACAAGGACCCCAGGGCUUGAAAGGAGAAAACGGAAGACAAGGUGGAAGAGGCUGGCCAGGCCUUCCUGGGACACCAGGAUCCAGAAGAAAGACAGCAGCACAUGGCCGAAGGGGACUUACAGGGCCACAGGGCACAACAGGAGUCCCAGGCCCAGAUGGACUUGAAGGCUCACUGGGACUAAAGGGACCUCAGGGUCCAAGAGGAGAUGUUGGUGUGAAAGGAGAUAAAGGAGGUCUUGGAAGUAAAGGUCCCCAGGGGCCUCCAGGACCAGGAGGAGAAGAAGGGAGUCAAGGCCACUUGGGAAGCCGAGGAAAUAAAGGAGAACCUGGAGAUCUGGGGAAUAAAGGAAAUAUUGGCUUGCCCGGUCCUCGAGGAAUGCCGGGGGACAAUGGCAGUCCAGGUAGUGGUAGAGCUGGAACUAAAGGAGAAAAAGGCCCAGAAGGAUUCCCUGGAGAAAGUGGACCUAAGGGUGAGAUUGGGGACCCUGGUGAUCCAGGAGAAAUUGGACCCAAGGGAGCUAGAGGCAAAACGAUAUCUGCUGGGCUUCCAGGAGAGCCAGGAUCCCCUGGGGAGCCAGGACCCCCUGGACGCAAGGGCAUGAAAGGGGCCAAAGGAUGGGCUUCAUUUUCGACAUGUGAGCUCAUCCAGUAUGUGCGGGACAACAGUCCUGGCAGACGCGGAAAGCCCGAAUGCCCUGUGCAUCCAACUGAGUUGGUGUUUGCGUUAGACCAGUCCCGGGAUGUCACCAGGCAGGAUUUUGAGCGGAUGAAGGCGAUGAUCUUGUCCCUCAUGAGAGAAGUUAAAGUCCGGGACAACAGCUGUCCCGUGGGAGCACGCGUUGCCGUCCUUUCCUAUAACUCCCACACCAGGCACCUCAUCCGCUUCUCAGACACCUACAGCAAGAGCCGACUUCUCAGGGAAAUCGAAGCCAUCCCUUAUGAGAGCUCCUCGGACGGCAGGGAGAUAGGCAAAGCAAUGAGGUUUAUUUCCAGGAAUGUCUUCAAGCGAACCCUCCCAGGGGCUCACACCAGGAGGAUCGCCACGUUUUUCAGCAGUGGCCAGUCUGCCGAUGCCCACUCCAUCACCACAGCCACCAUGGAGUUCAGCGCCCUUGACAUCACUCCCGUCGUGAUCGCUUUCAGCAACACCCCUUCAGUCAAGCGGGCGUUUGCGAUCGACGAUACUGGCACAUUCCAAAUAAUAACGAUUCCAUCGGGGGCUGACUACAUGCCAGCACUAGAAAGUCUCCAGCGGUGCACUUUCUGCUAUGAUGUAUGCAAACCGGAUCCUUCUUGCAGUCAAGCCAGACCACCCCCUGUGCAGUCUUACGUGGAUGCAGCUUUCCUUCUGGAUGGUUCUCGGAAUGUGGGAAGUGCCGACUUUGAAGACAUAAGAGCCUUCAUGGAAGCACUGUUAGAUCACUUUGAAAUUACUCCUGAACCCAUGACCUCCAUCACUGGAGACCGAGUAGCCCUGUUGAGCCACGCUCCCCCUGACUUCAUACCUAACACUCAGAAGAGUCCCGUGAGAACUGAGUUCAACCUUACCACCUACAACAGUAAACGCCUCAUGAAGAGGCACCUGGAAGAGUCAGUUCAACAACUAAAUGGAGACCGUUUCAUUGGUCACGCCUUACAGUGGACUCUAGACAAUGUCUUUUUACAUACACCCAACCUGAGAAGAAACAAAGUCAUAUUUGUGGUAUCCGUUGGAGAAACUAGCCACUUGGACAAGGAAACCUUAAAGAAGGAAUCCUUGCGAGCCAAAUGCCAGGGCUAUGCCCUGUUUGUGUUUUCCCUUGGUCCUGCUUGGAAUGACAAGGAACUGGAGGAUCUAGCCAGCUACCCUUUGGAUCACCACUUGGUCCAGCUUGGCCGAAUUCAUAAACCUGACCACAGAUACGGUGUGAAGUUUGUGAAGUCCUUUAUAAACUCGCUCAGGCGUGCAGUCAAUAAAUAUCCACCAAUAGGCUUCAAAACAAAGUGCAAUAAACUCAGCCCUGCAGACCCAAAGCAGCCUCUACAGCCGCUGCGAAGGUAUUAUUUGCUUGGUGUUGAUAAAUGAACGUGCCCUUGUCUCCUUCGCCUCUUUUCCUUCUUUCUUUCCCCCCUUCUCCUCUUCCAUUCUAUUCAGGCAGAAUCUCGUGCUACGUGAUGUUACUUUACAACGUGAGGGAACAAAAGAUACUCAGAAUGAACAGGUUGGUCUGAAAAACAGCCAAACAGAACUUUUUAAAAUUGAAAAGCUAAUUGUUGAAAUAAAACACCCAGUGGGACAGCCUAGUGACAAUGAGCACACCUAAUGAUCAGAUCUUGGUUUCUAAAUACCAUUUCCCACCAAAAGGAACCAGGACUUCCCGGAGAAAUAUGCACUUCUAGGCUGUAGCAGAGAAAGCACAAUGUGAGCCUAGAACAACUUUUGCCAGAAAGAAAAAAGGAGUAAAAUUUACAUGUCUUGUCAAAAGAUCAAAGGAGCUAUCUUGA